GUUUUUUUGAUAAUUUCUUUGAUUUCAUUACUGCCGGUGGUGAGCGUUAUCGGUGACGGGCACGCUUUGGUGGUGUGACCCAGGCGAGAAGAUGUGAUCCCAAUCCAUGCGAUGAAGGCGCUCUGGAAGGUCUUUCCUGCCCUUAGGAGAAGUUACCCGUGCAGCGGCCAUGCGAGUUCCGAGCGGAGAGCGAACGCGUCGAAGUUGUUAGUCCAUUUUCCGGUUUGGUCGUCGUCGUCGGGUUGCUCCGCCAUGUACGCCACGGCAGUCACGGGCGCCAAUGCAGCGGACGAACCGGCCUUUAGGCCGCAAAAGGCCCUAGUUCUCACCAAGUUCUCGCGGUACGAGUUUGAGAAACGCCGCCACGCUCACUUAACAGAAGAGCAGCUCGUCAAGGAUAAGAGUGCGUCUUCUGUUAGUGGUUGUCAGGAGGCCGUUUAUGAAGUCCUACAUUCGUCGGGGGCUCGCAUACGUUUGAGGAGAGAUAAGCUGGAAGCGAGGGGCUCGGAUUACAACAGCCUUGUUCACCACCACAAAAUCCACACCAAGAACCGUGAGCUUGUCGUGAAUACCCUCAGGGAGAAUGGCAUCGAGACGCGUCUGGUGGACCGCUUCGACUACACGGACAGCAACAUAGACUGGGCCGACGUCAUCAUCACGACGGGUGGGGACGGCACCUUCCUCAUGGCCGCCAGCAAGAUACACUCGCGAGACAAGCCGGUCAUCGGCAUCAACAGCGAUCCUUCCAGGUCUAUUGGAUACUUGUGCCUACCCGGGCACUACACGGAGAACUUUCCGGUGGCUCUGCAAAGGCUACUCACUGGGAAAUUCCAGUGGAUGUGGCGGCAGCGGCUGCGGGUGACGCUGAAGGGGGAGCACGCGUUUGACGCACCGGUGGAGCUUCACGAUCAGCAGUUGCAGUACCCCGAGUACCGCUUCCUGGACUGCUGGCAGGAGCAGCACCGGAAGCCUCAGGACGAGGCCUGCCCACCGGGGCACGCCUCCCACCUACUGCCCGUGCGCUCCCUCAACGAAGUCUUCGUCGGAGAGUCGCUCUCGUCCAGGGUGUCUUACUACGAGCUCUCGAUCGAUGGAUCUCCGCGGGUGAAGUUGAAGAGCUCCGGCCUCACCGUCUGUUCGGGCACGGGCUCGACAUCCUGGUCCUUCAACAUCAACAAGGUUACCCCCCAGUGUGUCCAGAGGAUUCUCGACAUCGUGAGCUCGGAGACCGGCGUGGACAUUCCGGCGAGGGGCACCCAGCUGAUCGAUCGGAUAACCACCAAGUUCAACAACUCUCUCAUCUUUGACCCGUCAAAGUGUCUGAUGGCGUACACGAUAAGGGACCCUGUUGUCUUUGGAACCGAUUUUAGCAGCAAGCCCCGCGGUUUUGCCAAACGGAUCGAGGUAAAGUCGCGGAUGUUCGACGCCUGCCUGGUGAUCGACGGGGGCCUUUCAUUCGUCUUCAACGACGGUGCUACGGCGGUCUUCGAGAUAUUCGAGGAGGACGCCCUGCGAACGGUGCAAUUUGUUGACUGACCCUCCCGCGGAGGCGGGUAGGCGUUUGGAGCCUCUAACCCAGUUUUACGUGUACAUAAACUGUUGCUCUUUUCUCGGCGGCAGGGGGCCGUGCGGCACUGCGCACGUGCAACCUCUUGCCGUUAGCCGGUAAAACUUUAUCGAGGAAAUAAAAACUAUUUUUGUACUA